GGUCCAAAUGUGUGUGUGUGUGUGUGUGCGUGCGUGCGUGCGUGCACAGAGUGUGCGCGUGCGGUGCUAACAGACAGUCUUAUGCAAGCCGCCCUACACAGAGCCACGAUGUCCGACGCUGCUGCUCCAGCAGACAACAACGGGGAGCCUGGGUUAAACGGGUCAUGGGUAGAGCUGGAGAUGAACAGAAACGCCGCAUCUCUCUCUUCCUCCAGCGCCUCAGUGCCACCGCCCCCUUUAGCCCAAGUAGUAGAGGAGGAGGAUGGGAUGGUGGGGGGGCUGGAACACGUUCCCUCAUCAUCUUCUAUCCACAAUGGAGACAUGGAAAAAAUCCUGCUAGAUGCCCAGCACGAAUCCAGCCGCAGUAACUCCUCAUGCGACAGCCCUCCUCGACCUCACAGUCCUCAGGAUGAAGGCCAGAUCAUUUUUGACGUGGACAUGAGGAGGGACAGCCAGGAGGAAGUCAUGGAGAAGAUCAGAGAUGAUGACAUAUUAAUGAAGGAUUCAGACCGGGUCGCAGACUGGUCAAGUAGACCUGAGAAUAUUCCACCUAAGGAGUUUCAUUUCCGGCACCCGCGGCGUUCAGUGACUCUCAGCAUGAGGAAGACAGGAGCCAUGAAGAAAGGAGGGAUCUUCUCUUCUGAGUUCCUCAAAGUGUUUAUCCCCUCACUGCUUCUGUCCCACAUCCUGGUCCUGGGUCUCGGGGUCUAUAUCGGGAAAAGACUGACACCUUCACCUGCAAGCUCCAUUUGAACACCGAUCUGAUCAAGUGCCUCAGGCAUGGCCCAGGUGGAUUAGGGAGAAGGUUGCAGUUUGUACGAAGAAGCCCCCCGCUGCCCCCUUCUGCUCCUUUAAGUCCUGUCAGCAACAUUUCUCCCUUUUUUAGUAAUUCCUUUAAUUAGCCUUUCCAUGUUGAGAAGCAUAAGUGAUAAACUUCUCCUCAUUUCAGGCCCUUUUCUUUUUCCAGUUGUGAAUGUUCUAACACCCCCUUUGUAGUACUAUUUUAUUUUGGAAGUAUUUGGAGCAUUGCAUGAAACCAAAUUGCACACAUGCUAGCUCCACACUAGCUCGAUUCAGCUAGGAGGCAAAAAACAUCCCAUUUUGGUCCAAUCACAUGACCCAAAAGGUGAUAAAGAAUCCCCCUAGUUUUCACCCUCAAAAUGGAAUCAACCAAAAUAUAAGACUUAUUGAAGUUAUACGAGCAUGCCUGAGCGCUAGCUAAGAUUUUAUUUAUUUCUACAAAUGCUACCAAUUUAGUUCUUUUAUUGACUUCAAGGGCGGAACGCCAGGAUGAUGGACUUGGGAAGGAUAGGGCUCUCCGUAGACCCCAAACUCAUCUGUUGAGGAUGGAAAAUAUUUCAUCUCAUGAACAUAGAUUAAAAACCAGUCUGAUGGGGCUGACGGAUCCCAAUAUGAAAAAAAGAUUUGUUGUGUUGUUUUGUUAGUUCCCUUCACAUACAUAUCAGGACCUAGUGAUUUCUUACUAGGCGUCUACAACAUAACCUACUUUGCAAUACUGCACAAUUUACCAUUAGCAUUCAGAGCUGAGAGGAUCUUGCUAACAAGGACAGCGGCUUCAGUGUUUUGCCAUACUAUCUGUGUCAGACUUUCUGGAAAUGUUGUAGUACAAUCUCAUACUUCUCAGUCUCGUAUUUAUUUAUAGCAUCUCCAUGCUGUUAGCUUGAGGACAACAGUACAAGAGAAACCUUUCUUCAAUUUACAGGAAUAGCUCAU